AUGCUUUCAAUCCGGAAGAGCAGUAAGCAUCGCGGGAAAUGCACGCCUAACGCUUUGCCAUGUCGUAUCAACCACAACGGCAGGGCCGAAGUAUCGAAGAGAUACUGGACGCCUACCAAACGCAAUGAUGACAAGACCGUAUCAUACUUCCGUGGCCGCCAAUUGUAUGGGAGAACUGUCAAGAUCCCUCCUCAAUGCAAAGGCGUCGUGCUUUCCACCACAGAGACACCACAGGCGGCCCAGGCUCUACCAGGAUCCCAUUCAUACACGAGUGAUAGCCACGAGAAAGAGGAAGCCGAAGCCGAGGGCAUGAUGGAAGAGUUGGCAGACUUCGACGAGUUCGUUAUCUGGGGUCAUGUAGCGUUACCAGAUGAAACUACAGACGCCUAUAUCAGGGCAAUAGAAGAGUAUACUGCCUUUGCCGAAGUAGUUCAUACUGUGAGAGCGAAAGCGGAAAAGAAAUAG